AUGCAGGCCAAGGUCAAGGCUCAGACACACUCACACACGCACGCACACGCACACGCACACGCACACACGAUCCCAUUCUAUCCAGAGCCUCCAUUCCCAGCCUACUUCCCCCCAAUAGCCAACGCCUGGAUGCCGUCCCCGUCACCGUCCCCGACUCCCGACCCGCAGUUUCCCCGCACGAUGGGGGGCAUCAAGCGCUCCGCCCCUCCAGCGUUUCCUCCACGUCGGGCUAGUGAGCCCCCGGGACCACCCACUGCGAGCUUUACGCACUCCCAUUCCAACUCCCAGUCGGCACGAAUGCCACAGGUUACUGGGUGGAUGGUGGGCACCGCCUCGCAUACGCCUGGGAAGCCGCAUAGUCCACACACGAUCGAGAGCGUCGAGCUGCCGCCACACGUGCUCAAGUUCAUUGAGCGCGGGUUUGGGAUGCGUGUCGUUAGAAAAGACAGGCGCGGGUCGUGGGAUCUCAGCAAUGCCGACUGUCUCCGGCUGAUCGCAAGGACGCGGUUGACGCGGUUGCGACGACCUCAGGAUGAGGACCGGAUACAGGCCGCCGAGAGAGGAUUGCAGGCGGUGCAGCUCGACACACCGCCCUCAGUACCACGUACCCUCCCCUCGCCGACGACGGGGUCACCACCACCCGGCGUGAUCUGCGCAACCCGCGUCACCCGCAGCAUGAGCAAGAGCAAGCCAUACGACCGCUUCAUCGAGGCAUAA